UUGAGAUCUCAGACGCUUAGUGAGGAGGAGCGGCAGGAGGGCGGUGCAUCGCUGGUAGCGUCCACCUUGGACGCAGAGGCCGAUAGCGCGAGUGCCGAGGGCCUGUGGGAGUUGCCUGUGGAGCCGGCUGAGCGGAGGCCCGAGUGCAGCCGCUGCAGCCGACCUCAGAAAGUAUGUUUGUGUCCAUUUCUACCAGUACACCCUCUGCACAUCUCUACCCAUUUGUACAUAAUUCAGCAUCCAGCAGAGGAAAACAAAGUGUUGCGGACAGUUCCUCUCCUAGCAGCAUGCCUCCCCCAGGACAAGUGUAAAGUAAAGAUUGGUCGUCGCUUUAGUGAAGAAAGAGAUGUUGAACUUUCAACUGUCUGCCGGAAGUCUAGUACAUUAAUAUUAUAUCCAGGGGCUGAAGCUACAGAUUUGGAAGAAUUUAUAUUAGAUUCUCCUGUUUAUCCUUCUACAAUCAUCAUCAUUGAUGGUACAUGGAGCCAGGCUAAGGAUAUUUUCUAUAAAAAUUCCUUGUUCCGACUUCCUAAACAGGUGCAGUUAAAAACGAACAUUUCCAGUCAGUAUGUCAUUCGGAUGCAGCCAACCAAUAGAUGCCUUUCUACACUGGAAUGUGCUGCUGUUGCUCUUUCCAUCUUGGAGAAGAAUAAUCACAUACAGGAGACUUUGCUUCGUCCUCUUCAAGCUUUAUGCUCUUUCCAACUUCAGCAUGGUGCUCAAAUUCGCCUCAGCAAGGAAUAUCUUCUGAAAAAUGGAUUAUAUCCCAAGCCAAUGCCAAGGAACAAACGCAAACUCAGGAAAAUGGAACUGUUAAUGAAUAGUGUUAAAAUUUAGUACAAAUUGUUCUUAUGGUGCUAGAUUACCUGUCUUUACCUGGCAAUACCAUGUUAUAUUUUCAUACAA